AUGGCGGCAACAACAGCAGCACCACCAGCAACAAUCACCAUCGCCGACGCGAACCCGAACCCAAACAACAACCUCUACGACGUCAAAUUCAACGGCAACCACCUCAUCAAAACCACCGUCACCUCCGACCCUUCCUUGGUCACCUCCUGGCUCGCCGCCCUCCCCGCCGCCACCUCCGCUGCCGCACCUCUCAUCAUUGGACUCGACAUCGAAUGGCGCCCCAACUUCGGCCGCGGCUACGACAACCCCGUCUCCACCAUCCAACUCUGCACCACCACAACAACCACCGUACACGGCGGCGCUGGAAACCAAUCCCACUCCUACACGUGUCUGAUCUUCCAAAUUCUUCACUGCCCAAAACCAAUCCCAAAACCCCUCUACGAUUUCCUCGCAAACGAGAAAAAUCUCUUUGCCGGGGUCGGGAUUCGAUCCGAUGUUGAGCAACUUCUGAUAGACUACGAUCUAGUCGUGAAGAACACCGUCGAUCUGGGUCAUCUAGCGGUGGAGAAGGUGCCAGGUGUCAGAAAAGGAAUGGGGUUGAAAGAACUUGCGAAGAUUUUAAUGGAGGUUGAUGUUCAGAAACCAAAAAGGGUGACUCUGAGUAGGUGGGAUACUGAAUGGUUGAGUUAUCCUCAGAUUCAAUAUGCUUGUAUUGAUGCUUUCUUGUCUUUUGAAAUUGCUAGGAAAUUGUUGGCUCUUCCUCAACACCAACACUAA